AUGGCGAGCGCAGAUAGUGAUCUUCAUACAGAAGAGGUUGCAGAAAACAAGAGAAACAACGGGCAGCUAAAAGGUCGCAAAGUCUCAUGGGCGAAGUUAUACCGUGUGGACUCCCUCAACUUGGAAGCUGGAAAAGUGUCAAAUUCUCUGGCUGGACAUGCCUCUAAGGAUGAUUGGAAGACGAUACUGAGUUUAGCAUUUCAGUCUGUAGGAGUUAUCUACGGAGACUUAGGGACUUCCCCUCUCUAUACUAUUCAAAGUACAUUUACUGAAAAAAUUGGAGAUAAGAAUGACAUUCUGGGCGUGUUGUCCCUCAUCAUAUAUACCAUAUUCCUCGUACCUAUGACUAAGUAUGUCUUCACUGUCUUAUGGGCAAACGACAAUGGCAAUGGGGGAGCAUUUGCGUUGUAUUCCUUAAUAUGUCGACAUGCAAAAGUGAGUCUCAUCCCAAACCAGGAGCCAGAGGAUAGAGAGCUUUCCCGCUACGGUCUGGACAUACCAUCAAAUCAAUUUAGAAGGGCUCAGAAUAUCAAACAUAAGUUGGAAAACACUAAAUUUGCAAGAUUGUUUCUUGUCUUCCUUGCGAUCCUUGGAACAUCGAUGGUCAUUGGCGAUGGAAUUAUCACUCCUUCCAUCUCAGUAUAUAAGAUAAAUCAUUAUUUAAUCUGGUGUGUUUCAUGUGCAGUUCUCUCUGCCGUAAGUGGGAUCAAGCCUCUAGGCCAAGAAGCGAUUGUGGGUGUUUCCGUUGCAAUACUGGUAGCCCUCUUCUGUUUUCAACGUUUUGGUACAGACAAAGUGGGAUACUCAUUUGCUCCAGCCAUAUGCAUUUGGUUUUGUUUAAUAAGUGGUACCGGUAUGUACAACUUGUUCAAGCAUGAUGUGAGUGUCUUACGUGCCUUUAAUCCCAAAUACAUUUUUAACUACUUCAAAAGAAAUGGUAAAAAAGGAUGGCUUUCUCUUGGUGGAGUUAUCCUCUGCAUUACAGGAUCCGAAGCUAUGUUUGCUGAUUUGGGUCACUUUAGUGUGCGGUCUGUUCAAAUAAGCUUCAGUUGCUUAGUAUUUCCAUCUAUCCUCUCUGCUUAUAUUGGGCAAGCUGCUUACCUUACAAAAUUCCCAGAAAAUGUGGGGAAUGCUUUUUAUGCCUCUGUUCCAGGCAAGUCUCCUAUAUAUAUGUGGCAAAUUUGUUAACUUUUUCCAUAUUCGUUAUAUAGAUAUUGAGGCCUUUUGGGUUAAAGCCCAAUGGGAAAACACUGUGAGGCACCAAAGAUCGGACCAAAGUGGACAAUAUUUUGGCAGUUGAGCCUGGGUCGUGAAAGAUAAACUAAUCAUAAAAUUAUUUACUUUAUAAAUACCAUGCAUAAUAUUGAUUUUGUUGGUGUUGCUUACAGAUCCACUUUACUGGCCAACAUUUGUAGUGGCUGUUGUUGCGGCCAUUAUUGCAAGUCAAGCAAUGAUAUCUGGAGCUUUUUCUAUUGUGGCUCAGGCCCAAAGUCUAGGUUGUUUCCCAAGGGUGAAGGUAAUUCACACAUCUGCAAAGCACGAGGGUCAGGUUUACAUUCCCGAGUUGAAUUACUUCCUCAUGGUUGCAUGUGUUGUAGUUACUCUCAGCUUCAAAACCACA